AUGACUAAAUACGUUGUUGUUGGUGCUGGUGUUAUCGGAUUAUACACCACUUUCAGUUUACUUGAAAAAGGAGUCCAAGGUAAUGAAAUCACAGUACUUGCAGAAUACUUACCUGGUGAUGAAUCAAUUAAUUAUACUUCCCCAUAUGCUGGUGGUAACUUCUCUUGCAUCACUGGUGAUGAUCCAGAAACUUUAGAAUUUGACAAAUAUACUUAUACGAAUUUGCACAAGGUUCAAAAAGCCAUUGGCGGUAAAACUAAAGGUUUGGAUAGAUAUCCAUCUGCAGAAUAUUGGGAUCAAACUCCAUCUCAAGUUAAAAUUCAAUCAUUGUCUAGUUAUUUAGACAAUUAUGAAGUCAACAAGAAUUUACCUCAAGGUUCAGAAUUUGGUAUUAAAUUUUUAGCUUGGAAUUUCAAUUGUCCUCAAUUCAUUGCCAAUUUUCAAAAAUAUUUGGAAUCACAAGGCGUUAGAUUCAUUCGUAAGAAACUCACUCAUAUUGCUCAAGCUUAUUAUGAUUCAACCAAAUUUGUGUUUAACUGUACAGGAAAUGGUGCAAAAACUCUUGGUGGUGUUGAAGAUAGUAGAGUCUACCCUGCUAGGGGACAAGUUGUUGUCAUUAGAGCACCACAUAUUAUGGAAAAUGUUUUGAGUUGGGGAGAUGAUAGAGAACCAACAUAUAUUAUCAAACGUCCAUACCUGGGAGAUCAAUUGAUUUUGGGUGGAUAUUUCCAAAAAGAUGAUUGGACAGCAGCUACAUUAAAGGAACAAACAGCUGAUGUUUUAAAAAGAACAACUACUUUAUAUCCAAAGAUCUUGGAAGAAAAUCCAUACGGUAAGAAGAUUGAGGAUUUACAGAUUCUUAGAGUUGCGGCUGGAUUAAGACCAUGUAGACAUGGUGGUGCCAGAAUUGAAAAAGAAGUCGUUGGUCACGGUAAAUUUUUGAUUCAUAAUUAUGGUGCUAGUGGAUACGGAUACCAAGCUGGUUAUGGUAUGGCUAAUAAGGCCACUGAUUUGGCAUUAGGAAGAUCAACCAAGUUGUAG